AUGACACCCGAGGUUCAGGGGAUGGUAGAUGCUACUGGAUUGAGGCACUUGCCUGAGAUCAUGUUUGAGCAUUUGGAUCAGCCGUUGAUCUGUGCGUUUGUCGAGAGGUGGCAGCCCGAUACGAACUCUUUCCACCUCCCUUUUGGAGAGAUUAGUAUCUUGCUACACGAUGUCAGUUCUAUCCUCCAUAUCCCAUCAGAUGGAUGGAUUACAGGUGACUUUGGUUCAUGGGAUGACGUGAAGAGUUCAUGUGCAGAGCUAUUUGGGAUGGAGAGAAGCGCCUUUUUGAAGGCGCAUUGUCCGUCCUUGGCCACUGUCUUUUUGUCUUGUAGCCCACAGGAUGUGAACCGGUAUUCUUGGGGUGCGGCUACACUAGCCUAUUUAUACAGGCAGCUUGGCAUAGCUAGUCGUGCUGAUUCAGCCCAGAUUUGUGGUUGCCUCACGCUAUUGCAGGCAUGGAUUUACGAGUAUUUUUCCAUGUUUCGGCCUAACCGCACUAGGAGGAUGAUACCUAUAGGAUCUGCUUCGGCACUGAGUUGGGAGGUUCGGCAUGAGAACAGGGGGAUUGACCGACUACUGAGUAUUCGACAGGCAUUGGAUCAGACGAACGACAUGCAGCCUGAUUGGUUACCUUAUGGUAUAUGUCCGGUAUCUGCUUAUCCUCGUAGCACGUACUACGGGUGGCUGCGAUACUUGGAUAUCGUUGAGCCGUAUAUGCCAGAUCGUACUUUACGCCAGCUUGGAUUCAUUCAGGAGGUUCCCCAUCAUAUUUUGGAGCCGGAGUCUUGCUAUAGGCCUUCUGCUGGGGAUAGGUACAGGGUAGACUUCUCAUUUAUCGCACAGCGACAGACAUGGGAUUUAUUUCCACGUGCUUCACAGCUUAUGUUGGGUGGUCUGCAAAAGGCCCCACUUCCUUCGAUGGCGACAGAUGCUUACAUGCAGUGGUAUGAUGCGUACUCCCAUCGUUUCAUCAUUAACCCGACUGAGUUGCCAGAUGGUGGAGCCGGAUCAAAUUAUGUUGAGGGUUUGGUUCCAGAUCAGGUAUUAGCUUCGAUGUUCGGUAUGAUGGACCCGUUUAUUGAACGGGACACCAGUGAUUUGCCCGAUGAUUUUCGAGCAUUAUUUGAUGGACUGUUUGGAUGGUAUGAGGCAUGGAACCGUACCCGUGGUGUGGAUCGACGUCGGAGAACGUAGUCAUAUUUUGUAUUUUUAUUUGAACUAAUUAUCGAUUUAAUGAGAUUUGUAUUUUUAUUUGAACUUAUUGUUUUUCGGCUAUAGUGUAACUUUAUUCUAAUCAAUUGAACUAUUAACAAUCAUUAGUAACCUUAUUGG